AUGAAAAGCGUUGAGUGUCUGACCCGGAGGCCACUGACAUCAGCAGGGAGCUCUGGAGAGCAGGCCACAGGUCAAAAGGUGAAGGUUAUACAAGCUGAUUUCACUAAAAAUUCAGUAUACAAGAACAUUGAAGAAAGUCUGCAAGGCUUGGAUAUUGGUGUUCUGGUUAACAAUGUUGGAAUGCUUCAUAAUCCUCUUCCUUGCCGUUUCCUUAAUGGACCAGACAUAGAUGAGAGCCUUGUCAACUGCAACAUGAUUUCGGUUAUAAAGAUGACAAAGAUAAUUUUGAAGCAGAUGGAGUCAAGACAGAAGGGUCUUAUUCUGAAUCUGUCCUCUGGUUUGGGUACUUUCCCUUGUCCAUUAUACACAAUGUACUCAGCUUCUAAGGCUUUUAUAAGCACUUUCUCCAAAGCACUACAAGCAGAGUAUAAGGCCAAGGGAAUUAUCAUACAGGUCGUGGCUCCUUAUGGUGUUUCUACUCCAAUGACAAUGCACCAAAAACCUGGUCUUAUUACAAAGAGGGCAGAAGAGUUUGUUAGUGAGUCACUGGAUUAUGUCACCUUUGGAGAUGAGAUUUUUGGAUGUUUAGCCCAUGAAAUGCUGGUAAUUGAAUUUGAGUGU